AUGUCGAGCGAUAAACCGAGUGUGCUGGUUGUUGGCGGGCUAGGUUUCAUCGGCCGUCAUCUCGUUCAUCAUAUACACAAGAACAACCUCGCCUCAGAGCUGCGGGUGGUGGACAAACUGCUUCCUCAGCUUGCAUGGCUUUCUCCCGAGAUCACUGAAGCAUGCAAAGACCGUUUUGUCCAGGCAGAUGCAAGCCGUGAGCAAUCACUCCCCCGUGUCUUUGACCGUUCAAACGGCGCCCAGUUCGACCUCGUUAUAAAUUGCGGCGGCGAAUCUCGAUACUCCCAUCCAGAUGACGUCUACCGUCUGCGUAGCCAUGCGUUGUCUCUAGCGCUCGGUAAAGAGGCUGCUCGACGAGGGAUCAAGGCCUUUGUCGAGUGCUCGUCUGCCGCAAUCUACAAGUUCGACGAGAAGCCACGCAAGGAAUCAGACAGGCUGAAGCCAUUGCAGAAACUCACCAAGUGGAAAGUCACUACGGAGGAAGAUCUCGGGAAGGUAGAGGGCCUGAACCUCGCCAUAUUGCGAUUCCCUUAUGUGUACGGUGACUACGACACCGGACUGCUGACAUCCGUCAUCUGCGUGGGGAGGACAUACAAGGAGAUCGGCCGCCCGCUGACCUUCCUCUACGCCAAAGAACGGCCGCUCAACACCGUCUGGGUAGUAGACGCGGCUCGCGCUCUCUGGACAGCUGCAACAUGGCGAGCCUCCAAAGGUCCUCUGCCUCCAAACCAGGACCCACCAUUCCCUACCGUCUUCAACAUAGUCGACCACAACAAUACGCUAAAGGGUGACCUUGCCGACGCUCUCGAACGCAAUUUUGGCAUCAAGUGCGAGUUCCUGGGUUCUUUGAUGAGCCAAUUCGCUAAAAUGAACCAGGAGCAGGUACUGGACGAGAUGAACGAGGAAACUCUAGAAGUGUGGUCCGAACUAUUGCAGGCCAAAGGGAUUACCACCUCCGGACCCAUCAGCCCCUUUCUGGAGAAAGAAGUUCUCAAAGACGCCGAUACUACCAUCGAUGGAUCCCUGUUCGAACAGACUACCGGCUUUACAUAUCUGAAAGAGAAACUUGAUCCGGACUGGCUUAGUAGUGUUAUCAAAAGUUACGAACGGAUGAACUGGUGGCCUUGA